GGAAGGGGGAACAUUUCUGUUGCGGUUUGGUGCUUCUGAGCUAAACCAUAGUUUAAUAUCAACUCUAUUAUAAAACUGUUAAAGUGUGUUUUCGAAUGAAUACUCUUGAAUAAGACAGUAGAAGUAACAGCUCCGCCUUAAAAAUGGAAGGUGGUAUGUAAAAAUUGAUGAACAUGUAUAGGAGUCCUUAAAGUGACAGAGUGCGCUGGCGUGUCGGGCUGUGUAUAUUGUCUCAAAAUGUCGUCGCACGAGGCAGCAUUGUUUAUUAUCAAAAAGUGAUAAAUCAAAUGACUCUGCAAUAAAUACUUCAUCAUUUUAAAACUGACUUUGAAGUUGUUUAACAGUGAUUAAGAAAUGUUUUAGUGAACUUGAAAACUGUGAAUCGACAAUAGAAGAAACAUGUGAUGUGAGUUGGAUUUUAAUAGUGUGAAGACUGAAAACUUAAUAUUUUUUCUUCAUAUUUUUUACGCUAUUUACGCAUUUGAAAUGUGAUUUGAAUCGGAGUAAAGUGAAAUAAAUGUACUUAUUGCAAAUUGUCCAAUAUUAAUUUACAUCUAAAACAGGUACCUACAUACCUUUAAUUGAUCUGCGCAGAAUUAAAGAGAAAAUGUUAUGGCGGCCAUAUUAGGCGUGUGCCGGUGAUGCGCGUGGACCACGCCCACCAUGAGUUCGUUCCUCAUGAACGGUGGCUAUCAGCCGCAGCCGGACCCCAAGUUCCCCCCCUCGGAAGAAUACAGCCAGGCCGACUACAUACCCCCAGGGGAAUACUACCAGCACCAGCAUUUGCAGUAUGGUUAUCAGCACCAAUACCCGGUUCAGCUGGGCUCUGGAUACGGUUAUGGGGGCUAUUAUCAUCCUAUUCCUCAGCAUCCACCAGUGGCGCCGCCGCCACGGCCUCCGGAGCCUUCGCAUCCUUCAGAAGCGGACCAUGGUUACGUUCCGCAUAACGAAGUCGCUCCUGGUUUAGCUGAGCUGGGUUUAAGACUAGAAAGGCAUAUAGAAGAAGCCGCCCCAGCGGGGCGGAAGCUCCAUGCGUUGGGUAGAGAAGGAUCCCCAGGGUCAGAGCUUGAUGAUGAAAGGUUGUUGUUGGACAGCCCGCCGGUAGAAGACGACGAUUCGUCUAUAUGUUCUGAUAAUACGGACAGGGUUAUUUAUCCGUGGAUGAAGAAGAUUCAUGUUGCUGGUGCUUCUAAUGGCUCAUAUCAACCAGGGAUGGAGCCAAAGCGGCAGCGAACAGCCUACACCAGACACCAAAUCUUAGAACUGGAGAAAGAAUUCCACUACAAUCGGUAUCUUACGCGGAGAAGACGAAUAGAAAUAGCCCACACUCUAGUCCUGUCAGAAAGACAAAUUAAAAUCUGGUUUCAAAACCGACGGAUGAAAUGGAAAAAGGACAACAAACUACCGAACACCAAAAACGUUAGAAGAAAAACUAAUCCCGCCGGAGUCACGACGACCGCGAAGGGAGCCACACCAAAGAGUAGAUCAAGUAAGAAUACGAAUAACAAUGAUAAGAAGAAAUCAAACAACAACGGACGACCAGAUAGUAUAGAGAAUGUGACGGAUAAUAUUAUGAAUGACUUACAUUGCGUCGGCGCGCAGCAGAAUCUAUCGCACGACCCUUCGAUCAGUCCGAUGUCGCACACGGGCAUGAACCCGGGGCACGCGAUGACGCAGCACCACCUCCACAUGAUGGGCAUGCACGGCAUGGACCCGGGCAUGGUGGCGAGCCUGGCUGCGCAGGCGCACGGCUCGCCCGUCACCGCCGGCUGCGGCUCCGGCAUCAGCCAGGCCAACCAGCCCGUCAUCAAGUCGGACUAUGGUCUAACCGCCUUAUAAUGUGUAAAGAAAUAACUAUAUUUUCCUCUAUGAACUUUCAGUUUUCUUACCAUUCCUUUGUGUCGAUAAUGUGUAAAGUGAUGAUUAAAAUUUAAUUAAUUUAAGAUUAUUUUAAGUUGUGUAAUAUUUAGGGUAACCAGUCAGAUAAUUGGAUGUUUGGAUAGAUAAGUGGGAAACUUUACAAUGUCAAAAGUGUGAUUAUUAAUUAUUUUAGGCUAUAGAUUCUUCGAGUGUUGGGUUUGUACAUUUCGCUUGAAGUCAUUGUCGUCAUCUAUACUUUAAAGAGCAGUAUUAUAUUAUGUCUUAGUUCGAUGUCUUUAAUUCAAAUAUUUUUAUUUUAUAAAUGCCUAACUAUAAAAUAAUCAAUGUAAAUCAAAUUUUUCUUUAUAUUUACAGCAAUUUUGUAAAGUUACCAUUUAUUACAUUUCAUAUUUAAGAGAGUGUAUAAAAUGUCGAUUUUCAUUCUAUAUGUUGUGGAUAUACAGUUAUUUAUAUUUUUGUAUUGUAUAAAAAGUAGUAAUUGUGUAUAAUCAUCAUUUAAUUGGCAAUGACUUAGGUUUAGUUAGGUACAAAUUCUUGGCAUUUAGUUUUAAAUGACAAAUUGUUUUGUAACUAAAAUAGGAGAAAUGUGAAUACGAAACCAAUAAAAUAGUAUGAGAA